AGAGCACCCACUCAAUUGAAUUACUUCUAUUACCUCCUAUUAAUCAUUGGACCCAUUACCCAAACCUCCCUACCACCGGCAGGUGGCCGGUUCUACGAUGGCCCGAAAUUUCGGCACUUCCGCCAUUUUUGACUCUCGCCAGAUCGAAGUCUCACAUGGAUGAGGAUUUCCAAUUUCCUGGGGUAUACGCAUUUUGACCCGAAAACUAUAAAUUUGAUUGCUUUCCCACCCAAUUUCAAAUUAUCUAAAAAUUACCAAUGUCUACCCCCUUCCCAAAAACCAUCGAUAAGGUCAAAGGCCUUGAGAUUCUUGCUCCAGUUCCUGAAUCCGCCAAACAUAUCUUCAAUAUCGAAGCUUUGGGCUUGGUGGCUACUCUCCAUAGGAACUUCAAUGCCAGAAGAAAGGAAUUGUUAGCCAACAGAAAGAUCCAGCAGCAGAAACGAGACGCCGGUGAAUUACCUGAUUUCUUACCUGAAACCAAGCAUAUCCGGGAAGAUCCCACCUGGACUGGUCCACCAUUGGCCAAAGGAUUACAGGACAGAAGAGUGGAAAUUACCGGUCCUACCGACCGUAAAAUGGUGAUCAAUGCUUUGAACUCGCAGGUGGCCACCUACAUGGCCGACUUUGAAGACUCGUUGACCCCUGCGUGGGACAACUUGGUUGACGGUCAGGUGAACUUGUACGAUGCCGUCAGAAGAAACUUGAGUUUCAACUCCAACGGAAAGGCCUACAAGUUAAACCAGGACCCUGGUAGACACAUUCCCACCUUGAUUGUGCGUCCCAGAGGUUGGCACUUGGAAGAAAAGCACGUUUUGGUUGACGGCGAGGCUAUCAGUGGAGGUAUUUUUGACUUUGCCCUCUACUUUUACAACAACGCAUUUGAAGCAGUGCAGCAGGGAUUUGGACCUUACUUUUACUUGCCCAAGAUGGAACACCACUUGGAAGCCAAGUUGUGGAACGACAUUUUCUGCCACGCCCAGGACUAUAUUGGUAUGACCAGAGGAACCAUCAGAGGUUCAGUGUUGAUUGAAACCUUACCAGCCGCGUUCCAGAUGGAUGAAAUCAUCUACCAAUUGAGACAACAUAUCGGAGGAUUGAACUGUGGAAGAUGGGACUAUAUUUUCAGUUACAUCAAAAGUUUGAGAAACCACCCAGAGUUUAUCUUACCCGACCGGUCACAGGUGACAAUGACGGCUCCGUUUAUGAGCUCGUAUGUCAAGCUUUUGGUCAACACCUGUCACAAGAGACAAGUGCACGCGUUGGGAGGAAUGGCCGCACAAAUCCCCAUCAAGGAAGAUGAACAGAGAAACAAGGCUGCUUUGGAGAACGUUGCUCGUGACAAGUUACGGGAGGUACAAGCCGGCUGUGACUCGUGCUGGGUGGCUCACCCAGCCCUUGUGCCGGUGGUAUUGAAGGUGUUUAACGAACAUAUGAAGGGUCCUAACCAGAUCAAUGUGCCUCCUAAGGUGCCAUAUACGCCCGUCACCGCCAGAGACUUGUUAUCGCCAUUUGUUCCUGGUGCCAAGAUCACCGAGCAGGGAAUCCGUGCCAACAUCAUCAUUGGGUUGUCGUACAUUGAAGCUUGGUUGAGAAACGUUGGAUGUGUUCCCAUCAACUAUUUGAUGGAAGACGCCGCCACCGCCGAGGUGUCCAGAACCCAGUUGUGGCAAUGGGUCACCCACGGAGCCAAGACCGAUGCCGGCAAGACCAUCACCAAAGAAUACGUGAAUCAAUUAUUGGGUGAAGAAUACUCCAAGUUGGAAUCGGCUGCCAAACCUGGUAACAAGUAUAAGAGGGCAUUGGAAUACUUUAGGCCCGAAUCAUUGGCGGAGAAGUACUCAGACUUUGUUACCACGUUGAUCUACGACGAGGUUACCACCAUCGGCAGAGCCGUGGGGGCCGAAAAGUUGUAGGAGGGUAACUAUUGUAUAGUUUGAAUUGAUAUAUUUAUUUU